AUGAGCGGCUUCGAGGUCGUCGGUGUCGUUUUAGGGGCGAUACCGCUGCUGAUCUCUGCGAUCGAGAAGUACAAAACAACCAGCCAGCGGCUCAAGUUCUUUAAGUACAAAGAACCAUUUAUUGUACAACUGAUACAGUCGUUAGAGGAGCAACAGUUUUUCCUCGAGUCAGAUCUCUUCGUCUCGCUGAAUGCAACACACCUAGGAGAGGAGCAGAUCAAUGAUCUGAUCCGCCAACCGAAUUCGGAUCUUUUCCAGGAUCCUACGAUUGCUCAUGCCGUCCGCGAAUAUCUGGGCGAUGGAUAUGUACCAUACCAGCGGGCAGUUGUUCGAUGUCAGCGUGUUCUGGCGGAGAUAGCUUCUAAUAUUGGUGGUCUGGCAUCUGAGUCGCAGGGAACACUCUCGAGUUUAAUUCAGGCCCAUCCACCGAAGGAUGGGAAAUAUGAGCUCACCAAGAAGAUAAAAUUCAGCCUGCAAAAGGAUGACCUAGAAAAACGGAUCAGGGAUCUCAAUGAUGCCACCGCCACACUACGCAGAAUUCGAGAGAGCAGCGUGACAAAGACGGAAGUAACUCUCCAAUCCACAUCUCGAAUGAUUGCAAAGUUUGCUUCUGCACUUAAUGCUGUUCGAAGUUAUGCAGAUCGAUUAUACUCAGCCAUCUCGGCAGGGUAUAACGUGGAUUGCCACCCUGAACACGAGACCAGGUUGUUCCUUCAGAGCCGCUCGGCGCUUAUGGAAAAGAAAACAACAGUUGCAUUCACAAUGGCUUUUUCUCCAAGCAAUACUGGCCAGAAUCCGAUACCAUGCUAUCAAACGGACAUCAAAGUGCUUGAAGAAAUGGAGAGCUGUUAUGCGACUGCUAAAGCCGGAGGACAUAUCAAGGUGGCCAUCAGUCUACCGACAAAAACGACCAAUUCCCCUCCUAAUGACCUAGAGGAUCUCUGUUACUCAGUACAGCAAGCCAAAGAUGGUGGACACUUCCUGGACCUCUAUCUUUCUCAAGGCGGGUGCCUCUGCUAUUAUCACAAGCCUUUCAAGGUUGGCGUCCUUAGAGAUGCUAUCGCAAAAUCCACAGAAGAUAUCAUGUCGUUGGAACAAAUUCUUGGGAAGAUGGAGCAGCCAAAUGAGUCUUCGGCAAUAAUCCGGUGGACUCUUAACCAGCGGAUGGCCCUUUCAUUUAAUAUCGCGUCGUCGAUCAUGCAGCUAAACUCCACGCCGUGGCUUUGCUUUCCGCUUACGAGUAAGUCGCUGUAUUUCGCACGCCGUGCCGAGCUACUUCUACAAGGAGGAGCCGCCCAGUAUGCGGACAUCCCUCAGCCCUUUAUUCGUCAAAUUUUCUUCGGCGGCGCAAAGGAUUCAGCAAGAUGUGCUUGCAACCCGAGACGAUCCAUGCUUGAACUUGGCAUUAUACUUCUGGAACUAUGGCAUGCCAAAACUUUCGAGGCAUAUGCCAUAGAGAGCGGGUUGAAUAUCGACCACAGUUUUGGCAGUCGGUAUGAUGUGGCGAUACAGUGGCUUGACUUCAGUACUUACUAUGUUCUACCAUUCUAUUUGGACGUUGCUACAAGGUGCAUCGAAUUCACAUUCGCGACGAGUCGCGCGGCGCCCGAUUGGGAUGAUAUUGUCUUCAGAAAAUCUGUUUGUGAGUAUGUCUUGAAACCGCUCUGGGAGAACUGUCCAGCAGAGUUCCGAUGA